AUUUUUCCAAAAUCCAAAAGAAACAUAAAUAAAUACUCCUAGGAAAGAAGAAAAGAAGGAGCAAGACAUGUCUGCAGCACCCACCAAUUCAGACUCGCAGCGCCAUCUCCUCAAGGAGGUAAGAAGUCACGAGGUUGCUGUAGCGGAGCUCAAUAACCUUCCUGCUUCUCGGACGGUCUACCAGAGAAAUGGCAACAUACUAUUCCGUACAACUGUGCAGAAAGCAACAGUAUCAGAACAAAAACAAUUGGACAUGCUCAAAUCUAAGCUACAAAAAUUAAGCUCCUCAUGAUGUCAUCAAUGAUCCAUUCAGUUUGAGAGGCGGGGAAGAGGUAAAAGCCAACUCCAAUUUGCUAUUGGAGAGUGUGAAUCUGACUUUGCUGUUUAUGUUAUGUAAUUUUGGAGCUUAAAUACCUGAUGAAGUUGGAAGUACCAACCAUAUUGUUUUUUGACUUAAAAAAUUUGUGAAAGAUGUUUUGAAAGUAAGAUCAUAUAAUGAAAGGUGUUACAGUUAUAUUGA